AUGGAUACAUCAUUUUCGGACGACGAGAAGCGGUUCGUUCUGGGUGAAAUGAUUAAAGUCAGCACCAUAGACAUAUCCACUCUCGUCGACUUUAUCAAAGUUCACCAUGUGGACCCCAACUGGAUGUCAAUGCAGCUCCCUGGUGGCCGUAAUAUGAACCAGUGCCUUGGUGCUGUCGAGAACAUGUUUCAAACCAAGUACACUCCGCCGACCUUGACUUCCAUCAAGCGCAAAUCGUUGAGCGACCUGGUCGACCAUCCCGCAAAGAGACAAGCUAUGAUGGCCCCUAUCGAACCUUCCCUAGCUCCAGCACGAGUCAUUCAGCCGCGGCCACCUCCAAAUGGUUACCCAGCCUCUGUACCUGUCAGCAUUAGUCCGCCGGUGACGUCGACGGGAAAGAAACGUGGUCGACCCUCUAAGGCAGACAAGGAAGCUCAAGCUCGUGCGGUUUAUUCACGAAUGACUGAAUACCCGCCCAUCACGCCAGCUCCGUUGGCACCCAUCGCAACCCCGGCCCAGCGCGAAUACAUUUCCUCGCCUGGAUACGAAAUCUCGAGCAAUCCAGGCGACCAAAAAUCUAAGAAGCGCGUACACGGCGCAAUCGACAGUCCACAGCAAGCAAGCAGUGCAUUUCCAUUAGCAUCGCCUGCGCCGUCUACGGAUACUCCCCGCGCCUUUCCGGAGCCUUUAGAGCAUGUAGAUCGAGCUACAUUGUCACCUCGAGACCGAGGGCUUAUGGCCUUAGAUUCGCGAUCACCACUCCUCGCGCCUAUGCAACAGCAAGAUUCGUCACAAGGACAUGCCCAUCCGCACUUACAGCCUCGAACGCAGCCGCCCCCUCCAUUCUCGCCCACACGACGAAUCCCACAGGUAUACGAGCACCGUCGAAGUGUUGAUCCCAUAUUUCCGGACAGAGACAGGACGAGAAGCAUGCCGGAUCAGCUCAAGGACGUCCCUCCACCCGUAACUACGGUAGGAAAUCGAAGCUAG